UCUUCUGUCAGGGGAAGUCUCGGUCUCAGCUUCAAAAGCACAAACACGCUCUCAAAACAAAGGAAGACGGUCCUCGACUGCAGAGGAAGCAGGAAGCUACUGGCCCUGCUCAGAGCCCAGCUGCCGGGGCUCGGGGACAGCGGCAUGGAGUCCGUGGCUCUCUACAGCUUCCAGGCCACAGAGAGCGAUGAGCUGGCCUUCAACAAGGGGGACACACUCAAGAUUUUGAACAUGGAAGACGACCAGAACUGGUACAAGGCCGAGCUCCGGGGCGCAGAGGGGUUCGUCCCCAAGAACUACAUCUGGGUCAAGCCCCACCCGUGGUACUCGGGCAGGAUUUCCCGGCAGCUGGCAGAAGAAAUUCUGAUGAAGCGGAACCACCCGGGAGCCUUCCUGAUCCGGGAGAGUGAGAGUUCCCCAGGGGAGUUCUCUGUCUCUGUGAACUACGGGGACCAGGUGCAGCAUUUCAAGGUGCUGCGAGAGGCCUCGGGCAAGUACUACCUGUGGGAGGAGAAAUUCGACUCCCUGAAUGAGCUGGUCGCCUUCUACCGGACCAGAACCAUCGCCAGGAAGCGGCAGGUCUUCCUGCGGGACGAGGAGCCCCUGGCCGAGCCGCCCCGGGCCUGCUUUGCCCAGGCCCAGUUUGACUUCUCAGCCCAGGACCCCUCCCAGCUCAGCUUCCGCCGCGGUGACAUCAUCGAGGUCCUGGAGCGCCUUGACCCCUGCUGGUGGCGAGGCCGUCUCUGCGGCCGCAUCGGCUUCUUCCCGCGGAGCUACGUCCAGCCGGUGCACCUGUGACCCAAGUGGGCCCAGGGGCAGAGCCAGUGGACCGGCCAUCCACCGGGCACUGAGGUCCAGAGAGAGGACACAGGCACCCCCAGCCCAG